AAAGAAGUGCCCGAGUAAUUAGUGGUCGUCACGUCAUCAAUCAACAGGUGGCCGCGGCGGCGCGCGUCUCGCGUUCUUCUCACCUGCGUUUUAUUUACUUCCUCCACGCAACGUUUAAGACUUACUGGUUGUCAUGGAGCGCACGUGUUUGUAUUUUUGUUGUUCUUUGUACUUUCUCGGCGUGCUGCACAUCACCGCAAGUCACGCGUACGGGACCGGGGGUCAUCCAGAAUAUAGCGACGUCGUGUCCGCGGAGCAGAAAGGCCGUGACAUGCGACCAGGCGCGGUCAGGCCGCGGGCAGGAGACAGUGAGUUUAUGAAGGACCUCGCGGUUAUGCGACCGUACCACGUUUUCCCGAUGUUCCGGCACGUCCCGUCACCUCUCGCCGGCAUGGAGCUGUUCAGACCUGUGCCCGGGAAGAGACCGUUACCCAGCCUCUUGACUAGUCUUCUGAUUCCUCAAACGAAGCCUCAGCACAUCCUCGCGUCUCCAGUGCGUAACGCUCGCGGUGUGGAGGUGUGGUGCGGGUACAGCAAGGUCUCGGUGCGCGUGAAUAAGAGCCUGCUGGGCUUCAGAAGCUCGCCUCCUUCGUUUCGCCUGGGCACGUGUCCUGUCUCUCGCUCGGACGAGAUCUUCCUGUAUUUCCAUUACGACCUCAGCGACUGCGAUAGCUCGUUAACGAUGAUGAAAGGACAGAUCAUUUAUUCCAACAUGUUGCACUAUACUCCAGCAGAGCCUCCAGGGACCGUCAUCCGAGCUGUGCCUCUUACAUUAAACAUCCAGUGCUUAUACAAUAGAUUUCAUUAUUCCUACAAAAUGGGCUUCCUGCCUGUGGUGAGGGAGCAUGUGCUGCACAAGAUUUUUGAACGCAGGGCCAAGUUUAGUCUUGAUGUGUGCAACGAACGCUGGGAAAGACUCGAGGGAAAUGGGAGUUUUGUGCUUGGCGAGCCCAUGUAUUUUGAAGCCAGCGCUGCUUAUCUGUCCGAGAACGAAAGGAUUUUUGUUGACUCGUGUUAUGUAACGGCAUCGACAGACCCGAAGUCUGUUCCACAACACCAUGUUAUUUAUAAUUAUGGGUGUAUGGGGGACAGCAGAAGACAAGGAAGUCUCUCACGCUUCCUCCAAAGACACUCGAACAUUAUAAGGUUUUCAGUCGAUGCCUUUUUAUUCCCCCAAGUUACUGGCACGCACUUUUACCUACAUUGCACAGUAUCCGUUCACAGUGCCAGUACAAGUGCCACAGCGAAGUCAUGUACCUAUAACAAUGUAGAGAGAAGGUGGGACGAACUCUACACCAAUGCAUCUGUCUGUGCUUGUUGUGAUUUCACGUGUGAAAUUGAAUCAUUUCCUUUUUGGCCCCGGGUGGCGCAAUCUAUAAUAAGCAAACCCUGGAUUCUGGACAAAAGCGAGCAAUCUUUAAUGCAGACCAAGAAAGUUUCAGUGAAAGAUCAAGAGGACACAGAAGAGGUGAAGUUCAAGGGUGCAGAAGGCGUCGAUAAAGAGGAAGAAGACUGUUACACUGUGGAGAUUGUGACUGAUACUAAAGAACGAACAGAAGCAACAGAGAAACAUGAAAAGAUGUCCUCGAUUGACUUGGAUGAGGAUGUAGAAGUAAUUUUUGGGACAGUGGAAACAACUGCUAAAGAGUUAAAGGAAGAUCGUUCUGGAAAAGUAAUGCUUGUUAGGGAGCAGAAGAACAGGGUUGUGAAGAUUGGAGAAGAUGAUGGGAGAAGCAAGAGCACAGGUAGAACUGAUAUUGUUAAAAGGCCUGGUGUUGAGUUGAUGGAAGAGCUCUCGGAAGACGUUAAUGAUAACCGAGCUUCAAGCAAGAGUGGAGCAAAAGAAAUGAUGCACAUUCCCAGAGAAGAACUGUCCGAAGAUGAAAUGCAGCCUGAAGAUUUUAAGAUGAACGUGCAAGUAGAAAGUACGAUAGCUCCAUCACAAAUAGAGAUGGAUGAAGAGAGAUUUUUAAAUGCCAAACAUGAACCAGUGGAGUGGAAUCAAGAUAAACACUAACUAUCCUGAUGUGGGAGAAAUGGAGGACUGACUUCUGAAGUCAUUCUCAGGGUCUCCAAGGUUCCUUGAAUGACCUUUUUUGGAGUUGCAUCGGUGGGGCGAAAGAUCUCUGCAUACUUUAUGGAUUCAAUUGAAUUCAAUAUGUCGUCACAUUUUUUGUACUUGUACUGAAAAGCUUUCUUAGUAGUAUUGUGCUAACAUUCAUUGUCGUCAGAAUAUUAAAACAUUUUCAUUGAUCA